AUGACUUCUUCGUCUUCUGAGGAGCUUGUUCCGUUCUCGAAUGCCACGACAGUAACGAAACUCGGCCCUAACGUGUACGGUGCCAAGUUGGUGCCAAGUUGGUGCACUGGCUCAGUUCCGAAUGGCGGUUACGUAGCAUCGGUGAUUCUUCGCGCGGCAUCGCUGCACCUUGCAGAGCGCGGACAGCCUGAUUCCAUCUCUGCACAUUUCGAAUACGUCAACCGCACCGAGAUAGGUCCCGCAAUUCUCAUCGUCGAUGAAGUCAAAAUAGGCCGCAACCUCUCGACGGUGCACGUCUCCCUCUACCAACAUGACCUCCAGCCGUCGGCUCCCUGGUUCUCACCACAGUCCAGAAAAGAGGUCGUCGCCUACUUGAUCAACACGCGCUUGACUCUAGAAAAGGGCCUCACGCUCGAGAGCGGCUGGGCCAUGACGCCACCAGUCAAACCCGCCGACUUUGCCCUCCUCGGUCUGGACAAGGACCCUCACUGGGUGCAGAAACUAAAGCUCAAUGCACGCGCGGCGUCCUACGCCCGCGCCCACAGCAAUCUCGAGUACUACGUUCCCCGCGAGGAUACUCGUCGGGGCGUCGUAGAUCUCUGGCUGCGCCUGAAGUCGGGCCAAAGGUUCACAAACGUAUCACUCGGCUACGUCGUGGACGCGUACCCGACAGUCAUAGAAGCAUGGAGACCGAAGCGCAGCGAAGAGCAGACGCCUUUUCGGUCGGAUGAAAUGUUUUGGUAUCCGACACUUGCACUCAACCUGGACGUGAAGAAGGCGUUACCUGAGGAGGGAGCAGAGUGGCUCUUUAUUCGGACAAUGGCCAAGGUUAUCCGGAAUGGUAGAUUGGAUCUCGAGGUUAUCGUUCUAGACCAGACUGGGGAUGUCGUUGCUUUGAGUACACAUGUAAACAUGGUUUUGCCCGCUGAGAGAAACUUGAAAGAGAGGAGUCAUUCGACAGCAAAGAUUUAG